AUGUCUAUAGUGAAUAUUGUUGCCAGGGAGAUCCUGGACUCCAGGGGCAACCCAACUGUGGAAGUCGAUCUGCAUACUGCCAAAGGUCUGUUUAGAGCCGCAGUGCCCAGUGGAGCAUCCACCGGCAUCUAUGAGGCUCUGGAGCUCCGAGAUGGAGACAAGACUCGCUACAAGGGAAAAGGUGUAACCAAAGCUGUAAAUCACAUUAAUGACACCCUAGGACCUGCCCUCAUCAAAUCUGGGAUCAAUGUGUUGGAGCAGGGGAAGCUGGACAACCUGAUGAUAGAAAUGGAUGGCACUGAAAACAAAUCUAAGUUUGGGGCAAACUCUAUUCUAGGAGUAUCACUGGCCAUAUGCAAAGCUGGUGCAAAAGAGAAAGGUGUCCCGUUGUACCGUCACAUUGCUGAUCUGGCAGGAAACAGCGAAUUGGUACUUCCAGUUCCCGCUUUUAAUGUGAUCAAUGGGGGCUCACAUGCUGGCAACAGACUGGCAAUGCAGGAAUUCAUGGUACUUCCUGUAGGGGCAGAGUCUUUCCGUGACGCUCUACGUGUGGGGGCAGAGCUCUAUCAGACACUGAGGGGUGUCAUCAAGGAGAAAUAUGGGCAGGAUGCAACAAAUGUGGGAGAUGAGGGAGGGUUUGCGCCUAAUAUUCAAGAGAACAGUGAAGCCUUGGAGCUGAUAAAGACAGCCAUAGAGAAAGCUGGCUUCACAGACAAGGUGGUGAUAGGGAUGGAUGUUGCUGCUUCAGAGUUUUUCAUCGAGGGAAAGUAUGACCUGGAUUUUAAGUCUCCGCCCAACGCAGCUCGUAACAUCAGUGCUGAUGAGCUGGCAAGCAUCUACCAGGGCUUCAUUAACAACUACCCAGUGGUUUCUAUUGAAGAUCCUUUUGAUCAGGAUGACUGGCCGGCUUGGUCACAGUUCACAGCCUCAGUGGGCAUUCAGGUGGUUGGAGAUGAUCUGACGGUCACUAACCCGCGCAGGAUACAACGAGCUGUAGAGGACAAGGCCUGCAACUGCCUGCUGCUCAAAGUCAAUCAGAUUGGUUCAGUAACAGAGGCCAUCAAGGCGUGUAAGCUUGCCCAGGAGAACGGCUGGGGUGUGAUGGUGAGCCACCGCUCUGGAGAGACGGAGGACACUUUUAUAGCUGACCUGGUGGUUGGCCUCUGCACUGGACAGAUCAAGACUGGAGCCCCCUGCCGCUCAGAACGUCUUGCAAAAUACAAUCAGCUUAUGAGGAUUGAGGAAGAGUUGGGUGACCAGGCCCGCUUUGCUGGCCACAACUUCCGCAACCCCAGUGCUCUUUAAAUCCCUUUAGGUGCUGCACACAGGAAAGCACACAUAACAUACAAAACAUGUUAUAUUUCCCGGACAAAUAUAUAUAAUAAUGUUAUAAUAACACCUAAUUCAGCAGUGCUAAAACAAAUGAAUACACUCUUAAAAGUAUACAAACUAAUUAGUUUUCACAUAACCUAAAAUUAGUGUAAUUGCAAUAUAUUAAUAUAUUUAACAGAUGCUUAAGUAAGAAAUAAACAUAACUGACUACAGAUGGUUGGAGCAAAUCCUGUACAAAACCUAGAGGAAACAAAAGCAGCGUUUCACCUCUAAGCAGACGAGCACUUUCCCUGAUGAACUUGUGAUUUUGUUUCUUCUUCAGAACCCUGAAGUGUUUUCUGAUCUGUUGUACCCUGUUGUUUCCUCUUCCUCCUCUUCCUUAUGUUGUUUAUAAUGCGAACACUCAGAGGCUUGCACCAACAUUUUGUGUGUGUAUGUAUGUGUGUGUUAUUUUGUCUGACUGGUUAAGCUUAAUAAAGAAAUGAAAUAGAUAUUAACUUGAA